UAUUUAAUAUAGUAUCAAAGAUGCUAAUGAAAUUUUGGUGUAUCGUACAAAGAUUGACUCUUCUUAUGUAACAUACGAUAAGCAUCGAAAGCUCAUACUUUUUAAGCAUUAUAUAAAACAUUAAUGACUAAUUGAAAAAGAAAGAAUAAUUAUCAGCCUUACUUAAACCAAUUUUUAACAAUUUAUAAUUUGUAUCAGAUACAAAAAAGAAUUCCAAGAAUUAAAUAUGUGCAAAAAUUUUGACAAAUUAUUUGAGAGCAUCUCGAAAAAGCAAACGUAUGUAACUGCGCUCAGGAGAGAAAGAAUUGUAGCUAAAAAUGAUUCAAAACUGAGUCAAAGUGGCCGUUUUUAAAUUAAUAAAAUUGUUAAUUCUACGCACAAACAACCGUGCUUACUCGUGUUAGCCCAUUAACAGUUGAUUAUUUGAUGUUUUUUAACAUUAUGCUUUGUUUUACGCGUAUGUUCAUAAACUCAAGCAUCAAACCGGGACAAGAAUGAGCAAUAAAUUAAGUAAUUUUAAAUCAGAGUUAUUCUAAACCUUUAAAAUAUGCGAUAGCUUGAGAAACGUUGUUAUGAUAAGAACGUUACGACUUUGCGAAAAACCGAGAACGGAGUCUCGUAGUUUAGUCGACUAGGAUCUGUCGACAAGGUCGUUUGUUUCUCUCUUUUUGCAACGAGUGUCGAUUUGUAAGGAAGAAUUCACACAAUUAAUUACUAGUCUGUUUUUGCAGAAUACGAGAAUGGAUUUUAUCUCUUUGGCAUUAUUCACUCUUUGCGUUAUUGUGAUUUUCCGAGUUUUAUUGAUGGUACAUUAUCAAUAUGUUGUGCGACAAAAACUUAAAAACAUUCCCCAAGUCGACAGUUUUCCUUUUGGUUCGGCAUAUGAGACAAUGAGUAUAUCGUUGGAGAAACGCAUGAAAAAGGAUUUUCAAUAUUUGGCUCAGACAUGCAAAGAAGGGAUAUACAUACAAUGGUUCUUAGGCAAGCCGUGUAUUUUCGUAUAUAAGCCAGAAUAUUUAAAGCAUAUUUUUCCCAGUACCGUAAAUAUAACAAAAGCGGUGCGUUAUGAUUUGUUGAAAUCCUGGUUGGGCAAGGGACUUUUAACAUCUACAGGUAAACAAUGGUUCCACGAUAGAAAACUCAUCGGGGCAACAUUCCAUUUUAGUAUAUUAGAAAAAUUUGCUGUGGUUAUGACUGAAAAAGCACAAAUUUUAACAAAAUGUCUUCAAAGAAAAAUAGACGAAAAUCCAGGGAAGGCCAUUGAUAUUUACCCUCUUAUUGUCAACGCAACUCUUGAUGUUAUCUGCGAAACGGCAAUGGGUACGGAUAUACGAGCUCAAGAAAUCCAAUCCAAAUAUACAACCGCAUUGCAGGAAGUAGCCGAGUUAACAAUGACUCGAUUCUUUCAACCGUGGCUUUGGAUUGACUGGUUAUACUAUUUAACGCCUGCAGGAAAACAUUAUAAAUCAGUGCUCAAAAUAGUGCACAAAUUUGCUGAUGAGGUGAUAAUAAAGAAGAAGAUUGAACGACAAUCAAAAACUAGCAAUACAGAACUUGAAAACAAGGGUAAUGAAUUAGACAUAGGUAAGAAGAAGAAGAUAGCGUUUUUAGAUUUAUUAUUAGAAGAAAACGAAAAAGACGAUACACCUAUGACUGAUGAUGAGUUGAGAUCGCAAGUGGACACGAUUAUGUUUGCGGGACACGACACAACUUCAGUAGCUGUAUGCUGGACACUCUUUCUGCUGGGCAAUAAUCUCGAUCAUCAGGAAAAAGUUCACGAAGAAUUAGAAGAGGUUUUCGGAGAUUCGGAAGCACCAGCCACUGUAAAGCAGCUGCCACUAUUAAAAUAUCUGGACAGAGUUAUAAAGGAAACGCUCCGAAUAUUUCCGAGUGCAAAUUUAAUAUCGAGGGAACUAGUAGAAGAUGUAAAAUUAGAUGACCAUAUUCUUCCGAAAGAUCAUGAAGUCUCAGUGCCAAUAGCGCUUGUACAUCGGAACCCAGAGGUUUGGCCGGAUCCAUUGAAGUUCGAUCCAGAUCGCUUUCUUCCAGAGAACUCGAAAGAUAGAAAUCCAUAUGCCUACGUUCCGUUCAGCGCUGGACCGAGAAAUUGUGUAGGCAUACGAUUCGCUCAACAGGAACUGAAACUCUUAUUGGUUGCUAUUCUCAGAAAAUGGAAGGUAAAAAGCGUAGAAACAAUGGACACGAUCCGAUACGUUGAAUUUAUGGUUUUGCGACCCUGCGAGGAGUUGCUCAUACAUUUCACAUCCAAGAAAUAAUCAGUUUACCAGCAAAUGUAUACUUUUUAUAAUGUGAUUUUUAUAGUUUUUUCUUAUUAAUAUUUUAUGAAUAUGUAUGUACGUAAUGCACAUAUUCUUACAUAUAUGCACAUAAAUGUUAUAUAUGCCUAAAUAUCACAAUAAUUGAAUUGAGGUGUCGGUAUUUAUUAAUGCAAUCAAGUACUUAUAAUAACAAUACGUUAUAAUUGUUAUUUAAAAUUUGGGAUCUCGCCUUACAGACAAAAUGUUUUAAGCUAACAAAAUAGUUUUGACGAUAAAUGCAAUACGAACAAAAGAUUAGCACUUUUUGCAAUAGGACGACAAAUAUUAAUAAAUGUUUAAUGCAAAAUCAUAUUAUAAUUAAAUAUAUAAAGGUGAUGAUAAUAUAAUAGUGAUUGUUAAUUAAUGCGCCCAUGUUUAGAAUUGUAAUUAUUGUAUAAUUGUUAAUAACUUGUAUUGAGGAUAAUCCCAAGCAUAGAAUCAAAAUGUAUACAUUUUGAAUUUUAUUAAAUAAUAAAGUAAAUAGUACACACAAACAACCAGGGUCAACUCUAAUAUAUUGAUACUGUUCUUAUAAAUUUAAUUCUCUAAACCAUAUACUAUUAAGUUACUUAAUAUAAGCAAAAUUUAAUAACAAAAAUAAAAGUAAAUAAGAAAUAAAUAAUAUAUAGACAA